AUGAGAUGCAAUGUAUUUGCCUUUGGACUUAACACUGCCCUCCUGGAGAUGCGAAAUUCCACUGCACCUUCGGUGACACUCUGCACCUCUACCGUGUUGUGCACCAACUCUAGAGCAGUGUUAGAUACAGAGGAAGAGAUGAAAACCCGGAAAAUAUUCAUGAACAACAGUGUCCCGUGGAAGGUGCAGCUGCUGACGCUGCUGGUGGCGGUCGCCGUGAGCCUCGCCCAGAACACGCGCGGAGGAGGAGGCUUCGUGGGCGUCAUCGCCGGCGGUUUCGGCGGCGGCGGAGGCGGAGGCGGCGGUUGCGGCGGCGGCGGCUGCGGCGGAGGUUUCGGCGGUGGUGGCGGCUACGGCGGAGGGUUCGGCGGCUCCAGCGGGGGCUGCCGGUACUGGUGCAGAACCAAUAUCGGCCAGUACUAUUGCUGCGAGGGCGGCGGGAACAACAUAAACUAUCCUGUUGUGAAGCCAGGCAGAUGCCCGCCCGUGCGACCGCAGUGCCCGCCCGUGAGGACCUUCCGCCCUCCGUCCACGUGCAGCAGUGACUCCAGCUGCGCCGGCUCCGACAAGUGUUGUUACGACACGUGCCUUCGCCACCACACCUGCAAGCCGCCCAACUUUUACGGCUGAUCCCCUCCCGCCUGAGGCCCAGGGGGCAGGGCCGGUGACGUUGCGCUCGCCCUGAGGUCCCCGGCUUGGGUCCCCGCGGCUCCGACCUGGUGGCAGCUCAGCCACGCCCUCGUCAGCCGUGGUCGCAGUUGUGGGCGCGGUUUCUAAAAGGUUUUGGAUCUUCAAGCGCCUCCCCCCCCCCCCCCCCGUCUUACGUGAAUAAAAAUGAGGGGGAAUUUA